AUGGAUGGUCCGAAGAAAGAGGACGAGCGAGCCGACGCGGCAGACGAGGAGGAGAAGGAGAAUGCAACAGAGAAGCUCGAAAAUGCAGUUGUAGAUGACGGAGAGGAAGCGGUGGAGAAUGAAACAGACAAAGGCGAGGCGGACGAGGCUGACGGAGGCGAGGAACAAACGGAGGAUCUGUCAGACGCACAAGGUGACGACGCGGGAAAAGGAGAGCAGGGAAACGGAGAGAACGGAGAGGAUUCAACGGACGGAAGGGGGGAAGAAGCGAGGCCUCUUUUAUCGUCUUCGGGAGCGGAUGCAGCGACAGCAGCAGCCCCGCAACCAGCCGCGGUGGCGGAGGAGAGCUCGGCAAGCGGCGGGUGGGGCAGUUGGGGAGGCGGGUGGGCGGCGGCGCUGUCGGUGGUGACGGCUAUACAGGAGGUGGCGACGGAGGUGACGGGCGAGAUAUCUCACGCCGCGACUGUUGCGGCGAAGGAAAUCAUCGAGACCUUUGAAGACGUGGAGGGACAGGUGGCUGCGGAGGGGGGCGGGAGAGGGGAGGGGAAGGAGGUGGGGAAAGGGGAGGGGGAGGGCGGCGCAGGGGCGCAGGCGGAGGAGAAGACAGGUCGAGAGGUGCCAGUGGACGGAGCGGCGCAGCAUGCGGCAGCAGUGGGAACGGCAGGCAAAGGCGAAAGCAAAGGGGACGAAGGGCAAGGGCGUGGUGAAAGUGCUGGUGGUGAUGAUGCUACGGCUGCUGCUGGCGAGGCUGGUGGUGGGCAGGCGGAGAGUGCGGAGGGGGCAGGUGCAGAGGCGGUGGUGAGACAGGCUCCUGCGGUGGUGAAGGCGGAGAUGGGGGAUGGUGGGGGGAGCGCGGGGCGGGAGAAGGGGGAUGGCGCAGGUGGCGGCGGAGCAGAGGCGGGGAGGGACGACGUGGAUGAUGGCGCAGAGAUAGUGGACCCGGACUUCAAGGCGUUCGAUGAGUCCAUGGAGAACCUCACGUCAGGCGCACUGCACGUGCUGGGCUCCGCGUGGAUGGGCGGCCUCUCUCUCGUGCACCAGCUAGAGCAGUCCACUGGCGCUGUGGUGCAGACGAUACAGCAGCAGGCCGCUGCCACCGCCGCCAUCACCACCACCACGAGCAGCGGAAGCGACGGCGCGGCGGAAGCUCAUGCGGCGGGAAUCGGCUCAGUGUCCAUUCUUGAAGUAGGCCUUCUCGUCUCCCCUCCUCGUUGUCGGUGCAGGGGCGAGAGGGGAGCUGGGAUGCGCGGAGUGGCAGGACGGGGGGCUAUUUGGGACAUGGACGCAGCGAUUCCUGGAGACAAUCAACACGCUUAUCCUUCCCCAUGUUAUCCCAUCCCUUCCACCAUGCUCCCAUCCUCCUCGCCAUCCUCCCGAUCCCCCCCACGUCCCUCCCCCCACGUCCCUCCCCCCACGUCCCUCCCCCCCACGUCCCUCCCCCCCACGUCCCUCCCCCCACGUCCCUCCCCCCACGUCCCUCCCCCCACGUCCCUCCCCCCACGUCCCUCCCCCCCACGUCCCUCCCCCCACGUCCCUCCCCCCACGUCCCUCCCCCCCACGUCCCUCCCCCCCACGUCCCUCCCCCCACGUCCCUCCCCCCCACGUCCCUCCCCCUCAUGCCCCUCCCCUCUACGUCCCUUCCGCCAACGUCCCUCCCCCUCACGCCCACUAUCGUUGUGCACCCUCUUUCCCACAAUCCCCCCCCCUCCCCCCAAUGGUCAGAGCGGCAUGGGCAUGGCGGAGCAGGGCAUGCGCAUGCUGGAGGCCCUGGGGAAGAACACCAUCGACAUCAUUUCGCUGGAGGCCCUGGCGGACCACCACACGGUGGUGUGCAUACGAGCACGCGGCAAGCUGCCUGCGGAGCAGCGCACGGCGUUUGACGACGCCGUGAAGCACAUGCAGGGCGCACUCACGCUGGGGGAGCAGGGCGGGGAGGGGGAGGAGGACGAGGAGGAGGGUGAGGGGGGUGCGGGGGAGGAGUUGCUGGGGAUAGAGGGCAUGGAGGAAGAGGAGGAUGAGAUGAAUGUGCUGAGGGAGUCGAGUGUGAGCAAGGCACAGGAGCUCGCCAGUGGGUUCCGUGCGAAGCUGAGUGCGGAGGUGCCGGUGAAGGAGGCGGUGCAGCGCACAGUGGACCGCCUCGACGCCCUCCGCACUGAGGGCGUGCAUCGCCUGUCGGAGCUAUCAGCGCUGUGUCUGCUGCACAUGCUGCACAUUGCAAACUCCUGCAUUGCCUCGCCGGCGGCCAAGCCCACGGAGGGCGAUGCUGCAGAGGAGGAGGAAGACACAGGCUCGUUCCGGUGGCCGGCAGGGAGGGAGGAGAGAGCCAGGCUGGUGGUGGCACGGGCACGUACUCUGGCCAGGGGGGCCAGGACAGUCAUCCGUAGCUUCCUCAAAGGUGUUGCUGACGUGGAGCAGGCCUUCCAAAGUGUCAGCACAAGGAGCACUACAGGGAGUGGCUCCAGGAAAGAACCCACAGAUGUAGCAGCAGAAGGGGUAACCGGAGAAGAAGCAGCGGCGGCGGCGGCAGUAGCAGAGGCGGAGGCAGCAACAGCAGCUUUGGUGAGACGAGUGGAGGUGAAGAAGGGCAGUGUGGCCGAUGGAUUGGUGGCAGAUGGGAAAGCGGCACGGGAGAAGCUGGAGAGUGCGCUGCAGCACUUGGUGUAUGUUGUGAUGGCUUCAUCUAGAGGGCUCACUCAUACACCGUAG